AUGAUGCAUAAUGUGGAUUUCCCACUUUUGAAGGCGUUCGUUGAGAGGUGGCAGCCGGAUACCAACACAUUUCACAUGUUGUUUGGGGAGAUGACGAUCACUCUGCACGAUGUUGCGUUCCUCCUCAAGAUUCGAGUGGAUGGUGAGCUACUUGCUGCACCGGCUAGGGGUGAUCCGUUGUUCGUGAGUGGGAUUGUUGACCUUCUUGGUAUUUCUGAUAAGAAUGAAGUGGCACUGCCAUCGCGUGGCCUCCGUUGGUACGAGGGUGGUGGGAUGUUGGUAGAUGAGGCCAUGGCACGUGCUUGGAUUUACGAGUAUUUUCCAUCGCUGCGCAUCAACAGACGUGCACCGGAGCCCAUGACAGAGGGAGGCCCGUUUGCUAGGAGGUGGGAGGGUUCUAUUCGUGGAGGGGAUUUACAACGAAGGUUGGAUCAUUAUCGUCGGCUGUUGGACGGAUUUACAGCAGCCCACGUGGAUUGGCUUCCUUUUGGUGCUAACCCUGGUCGUGCAGAGCCUAGAUCUUUGUAUCGGGGUGUGAUACGUGUCUACGAAGUUGCUGAGACAUACGAUCCCUCACGUGUCCUCCAUCAGUUUGGCUACAGACAGGUGAUUCCUGAUCUUGUUAUUCUACCAUGUGAUGUCAUUCGACAUGUUGUUGGGACCUAUAAGGUCAUCUUUGGAGCAGGGAUUGAUCAGCUUUGGGAGACUCGCGGUCAGUUGAUCAAUCUGGAUGCCUUCUCCACACCUUUUGAUGAAACCGGAGAUGUUGACCCAUUGUACCUUAAGUGGUACACAGAGCGCACCCACCUACACUUUGUCCCCUCCAGAUAUGGUGAGCAGCAGGAGUCGGCGCCAUUGACGUAUGAGAUUCUAGCGUGUCAGAUUAUUGAUGGCAUUGAUCUCUUGCUUCGUGCUCCUGAUGAGGAUCUUGACAAGUUGGUACCCUAUGGUGAUUUGGUUCGACGGGUUUGUGACAAGUACGUUGACAUUAGGCAACAUAGACCGUAUCGCCCAUUCGCCUAG